GUGCCGUGGAGCGCGCGGCGGGACGGCCCGGCACAGUCUGCAGGGCUCGCGGGCAGACUGGAGGCGGCGUGAGGGCUCCGGGUCGCGGGCGGAGUGGACACCUGAGUCCCCGGGCAGGGGGCUCCCUCGAGAAGUGAGCUGUUGCUGCAGAAUGGGCUGCUGGCUCCUGCCCUGCUUCCUGUGAUCGAGCUGGGCCCUGAGGAGUCUGUGGGGAUGCCUGUAACCUACCAGAAAUCAGACGCGUCGGACAUGAACUCCGACACGUCCCCCAGCUGCAGGCCCCGGGCCUUCAGCAGAGGCGGCAGCUUGGAGAGUCGAAGCAGCAGCUCUCGGUCCAGAAGUUUCACUUUGGAUGAUGAGAGCCUGAAGUACCUCACCCAUGAGGAAAAGGAUGUCCUUCUGUUUUUUGAGGAGACGAUCGACUCCCUGGACGAGGACUUUGAGGAGCCAGUGCUGUGUGAUGGGGGAGCAUGCUGCCCCUGCUCCCCGUCUCUGGGAGAGAGCACCUCCAGUCUCUCCGAGCCUGAAGAUGUCAUCGACUUAGUGCAGUUGGCACCUCGCGCCAGGGAAUCCGAGGGCCUUCCAGAGAGGGCCCAGGCAGCAGGGCCUGCACCUUCCGGGAAGGAGCAUAGGAAACAAGAUGCUGAGACUCCUGCACCUCCGGCGGACACCCCCGCUACCGAGACCCUCCCUCCGGCUCCCGAGACCGUUCCUGCGCCGCCGGUGCCCGGCACCCCCGAACCCCCCAGGAGGGAGCUGCGUGCCCCCUCCCCGCCGAAGGAGCACCCCCGACUCCUGCGCUCCGUUCCCACACCCUUGGUUAUCGCGCAGAAGAUUUCUGAGAGGCUUGCGGAGAGUGAAGCCUUCUCGCCCACCUUCCCGUCUGGGGAGGGCCGACCGGGGGAGUGGAGGACACCAGCCGCCUGGGGACGCCGCAGUGGAGACCCUGACCUGAGGCCCAGCCGCCCGGCACAGCCCAAGGCCCCCCGCUUCCCCAGCAACAUCAUCGUCACCAAUGGUGCAGCCCGGGAGCCCCGUAGGACCCUGUCCAAGGCGGCCGUCAGCGUGCAGGAGCGCAGGGCGCAGGUGCUAGCCACCAUCCACGGCCAUGCCGGUGCCUUCCCUGCCACGGGGGACGCGGGUGAGGGGGCCCCGGGGCGCGGCUGCUUCCCAGAGCCGGUGGCGCGUGGCCAGGACAGGACGGGCCCCGCUGAGAGUCUCCGUGCAGGGAGCCAGGCUCCGCGGGGCCCGGCACUGGCCAACGGCUUCCCGAGCGCGCACGAGGCCCUGAAGAGUGCGCCCAGUACCUUCGCGCCCACUGGGAAGUCCCUCUGCUUCCGCCCCGGCGUGGCCCUUCCCAGCACGCGGGGCCACCAGAGCAUCCUCAGGCCCCGGCAGCCCGAUGGCGGCAAGGACGUGCAGCGUCGCGCAGACUCCCUGCCCCGGCCCCAGGGCGUCACCGUGCAGUUCGUGGGCCGUGGCUCCUCGGAGGAGGCGCGCAGGGAGGCCCUGCGGAAGCUGGGGCUGCUCAGGGAGACCUCGUGAGGGCCGCGCGGGCCCGGAUCCACCCUGUGUCUCCCCACCCCGAAGAGAGGGUAAAAGAGGAGCUGCAUCGCAUCCAGGAGCUGCCGGGCCUAAAACCGAUGUGAGAGCCAGAGCCCCUGCCCUCUGCGGCGCAUGCAAGUGGAGAGGGGCCAGGCUCGGGCCUCCUGGCCGAGCCCGCACCGCUGGCUCCAGCCACCGGAACAGAGGACUCUUCCCUAAAGGAAUCCAGCCGGGGUCUUGUCUCCCUUUUCCCAAGAACUGAGAAAAGAACCUGUUAAACCCAUAGGUUUCCGUGAUGUGUAAAUGCCACCUUUUGGGGGCGUCGGGGAGGAGCAGGGUUGGUGCGAUUGUCCUCCUUGAGUCUCAUCUGCCUUUUUCUCCAAGUACAUGACAUGAAAGCCAGUUUAGAUCCCUUCCUCUCAGGAUUCCCCCCGCCUUUUCUAAGAAAAUAGAAAUGCUUGUUCCA